AUGACAGAGGAGAGGCGUCCCAAAGUGGAGCAGUACGUUGGUGAAAUUAAAGGUGGCCUGAGACCAGCCAUGAAGCUCACGGUCAUCGGGGUGGUGCACUCCAACCCCAAGAGCUUUUCAGUGACUCUGCUCUGUGAUCCAGUGGAUGCAAACAAAGAUGUUGGGCUGUUAUUUACAGUUAACUUUGGUGACAAAUCCGUCACCCGAAAUGCACGAAUCGCUGGGAAAUGGGGAAGAGAAGAGAAGACUAUUCCCUACUUCCCAUUUACAGCAGGUGACACAUUUAAGAUGGAACUCUUAUGUGAACACCAGCAAAUACGAGUCUUGCUUGAUGGACGGCAGCUCUGUGACUUCACUCACCGCAUUCAGCCCUUGAACUUGGUGAAAGCUUUGCAGAUCACAGGGGACAUCCAGCUUACCAAAGUGGCUUGAAAAAAAGGAGACUACAGUAUCACCAGAGGACAGAGGCAAAUGUACUUUCUCCUGUCUGAGAAACAUUUUAUCUUUUUCUCCUGGCUGAUUCUGGAGAGUGGGAUUGGUAUCUUUUUCAUUUGCUGAUGUGUUUGAAACAUACACUGUUUUUC